AUGGAUUUUCAAGCCAACAAAGCCAUCAGUUGUACCAAAUAUCGGUUCCUGUACUUCAACCCAAACUUCACUAAAUCUCUCAAAUGGCAGUGGCUCUGUAACCAACAUGGACCCAUCGAGUAUAGAAACCGGAAACGUAAGAUAAUUGGAUCACCUCCAUCGGUGAAUUCAAAAACUAAACAAAAGAAAGCAAGGCCAGGUUCGAACAUUACAGGACCAUCGAGUUCUGGUCUUCCACCAUUGUUUGAAACAGAUUCAAAUCCUGAAGCUACUCAGUGUCCAAACCAAAACAAAACAAAUGAAUUCAUUCGUCCACCAAGGUUCAUCGUACAUGACCAUCCUGAAGCUUAUAAUAAUCGAUAUGAAAUGGAGAGUGAGUCUGAAAAUGAAGAUGAAUAUGACGACAAUCAGACUUACAGUGGCUAUCCUGGUGGAGAGUCUUUGAUAAACCCAUCACCACAACAUAUCCCACAACAAGAAAAUCAUACCGUUACUUCAUCUAUUACUAUAGGGUUACAAAAAAACGGUUAUUACGACGAAGGGGAUCCAGUUUGGAAUUGUAGGUUUUGUCAAGCAUACAUGUGGUAUGGUGAAAGAAUUGGAAAACGCCGUCGUAGCAAGAAACCUGUCUUCUCAAUGUGUUGUAAACAUGGAAAAGUUGUGCUUCCUCGCCUCGCGAAUCCUCCAAUGGAGUUAAUGUAUUUGUUAUGCAAAGGAGACGAAUUAAGUAAACAUUAUCGAGAGUUUAUCCGAGCUUACAAUAUGAUGUUCUCUUUCACAUCACUUGGGGGGAAGAUAGAUCAUUCUAUUAACAAUGGUCGUGGACCAUUUGUUUUUCGAAUGUCCGGUGAGAACUAUCAUCGUAUUGGUGAUAUAGUUCCCGAGCCUGGACAAGCUCCAAAAUUCUCCCAGCUGUAUAUCAUUGAUACUUUAAAUGAGAUAAAAAAUAGACUUGACGCUUAUGCCGGGUCGGACGGAGCUAGCGCUAAGAAACUAAGAGAACCACUUGUUCUUCUUCUGCAGAAUAUGUUAGAUCAGUAUAAUCCUCAUGUUAAGGCUUUUAGAUCUGCAAGAGAUAGGUUCGACGUGGAAGGAUCAACAGGUUAUAGGAUGAGGUUGAUUGAAAGUCGGCAAUCUGAUGGACGGACCCAUAAUCUGCCCACUGCAAAUGAAGUUGCUGCUUUGAUACCUGGAGAUUUUGUUUUAAAUAUGGAGCCCCGAGAUAUUGUUCUAGAGAGUACAAGUGGAAAGUUGCAAAGGAUAAGUGAAUUACAUCCGGCGUAUUUGCCUCUGCAGUAUCCACUAUUGUUUCCAUAUGGAGAGGAUGGUUUUCGAUUAAAUAUUCCAAUUGGUUUUGAAGACACGGCUGGGAGAAAACGCAAAAAUGUAACUAUGCGUGAAUACUUUGCAUUUCGCAUUUUAGAGAGGAAGGGGGAAGCACCCACGAUUACGAGAUCCGGAAGAUUGUUUCAUCAGUUCCUUGUGGACGCCUACACAAUGAUAGAAUCGAGUAGACUGCGUUACUUAUGGCUGAAUCAGAAAAAACUCCGGUCAGUUAGUUAUGAUGCAAUCCAGAAGGUAGCUGCAAAAGGCGGAGCUAAGAUGGCUGAGCAAGGGAGCCGAAUUUUCAUUCCAGCAACUUUCACCGGAGGAAAACGUUAUAUGAAGCAGCAUUACUACGAUGCCAUGGCUUUGUGCAAGUACUAUGGAUUUCCAGAUCUUUUCAUCACUUUUACGUGCAAUCCAAAAUGGCCUGAAGUUACAAGGUAUCUGAAAAAAUAUAACCUUACCGCCGAAGACAGACCUGAAAUUUUGUGUAGAGUUUUCAAGAUGAAACUCGAUAAUCUUAUUGAGUUUUUGACAAACAAGGACGGCUCCUUAUUUGGCCCAGUUUCUGCAGUAAUGUACACGAUUGAGUUUCAGAAAAGAGGAAUGCCACACGCUCAUAUUCUCGUCUUCAUGCAAAAUGGAGCCAAAUUUCCAACAGCUGAUCAUAUAGACACUAUUAUAUCGGCUGAGAUACCUGACAAGACGGUAGAUCCAGACCUGUAUGCAAUCGUUGGGGAUUGUAUGAUGCAUGGUCCUUGCGGUCCAGCAAAGAAGGAUAAUGUAUGUAUGGUUAACGGUAAAUGCUCUAAGAUGUUUCCGAAACGACUGAACAUCAGGACAUCGAUUGACGCAAAUGGAUUUCCAGCUUACAUGCGUCGUAUUGAUGGUAGGUUCAUUGAGAAAAAUGGAAUCAGAUUAGACAAUGGAUAUGUUGUACCUUACAAUAGAAACCUCAUGCUUAGAUAUCACGCGCAUAUGAAUGUCGAGUGGUGCAUCCAAACGCGUGCUGUUAAGUAUCUUUUCAAAUAUAUCCAUAAGGGACCUGAUUAUGCUUCAGCUGCAAUGGAUAAAGAAGAUGAAGAUGGCGUCAUCGACGAAAUCAAAACAUAUUACGACUGCAAGAAACUUGGAUUUCAUCUCCCUGAUCAGGAGCUGGUGUUUUUUGAUGAAGAUGAACCUAUUGAGAGUAUCCUCAAGAAAAAAUCUGUCAACCAAUCCAUGUUUCUGGCGUGGUUCAUAGCAAAUCAAAAAUAUCCAGAGGCAAGAGAUUUGACAUAUGCCGAAUUUCCAACAAAAUUUGUUUGGAAAGCAAGUAUGAGAGAAUGGGUACCACGUAAACGAGGCUUUGCGAUAGGGAGGAUUGCACAUAUUAAUCCAGCACAAGAUGAGCUAUAUUUCUUAAGAGUAAUGCUAAAUUGGGUAAGAGGGCCGAAAUCGUACGAGGAUAUAAGAACAGUUGAUGGUGUUGUAUAUUCUACAUACGAAGAUGCUUGCUAUGCUUUGGGUUUGAUGGAUGAUGACAAGGAAUACAUAGAAGCUAUCAAAGAUUGUAGUGAUAAUAGUUCUGGCACGUAUGCGAGGAAGCUUUUUUCGAGAAUGUUGGUAUCCAAAACAUUAUCUCAGCCUCACGUUGUGUGGGAAGCUACUUGGGAGUAUCUAACCGACGAUAUUCUCUACAAGAAACGACGAGAAACUGGAAAUCCCGAGUUGAACUUGACCAUAGAUCAUAUCAAAAACAUUGCUCUAACCGAGAUUGAAAAUCAUUUGCUUAGCAAUGGUCGUAGCCUCCAGAAAUGGCCCCUAAUGCCAAAGCCAGAUGAUUUUGGUUGUUACAACGGCAAUCGCCUUAUAGAUGAUGAGCUUAAGUAUGUUGUGGAAGAUCAGCUAAAGGAAAAUGAAAGACUUAUGGCGAUGAUAACAGAUGAGCAAAGAGGGGUUUACAACGAGAUUUUGGAUGCAGUUUUAAAUGAUAGCGGUGGAGUGUUCUUUCUUUAUGGUUAUGGAGGCACAGGUAAAACCUUCGUAUAUAGAGCACUCUCAUCAGCAAUCCGAUCUAGACGUAUGAUUGUUCUAAAUACCGCAUCCAGUGGAAUUGCUGCAUUAUUGUUGGAAGGAGGUAGAACCGCACAUUCCAGGUUUGGUAUUCCGAUAGAUGCCGACGAGUUUACUACUUGCAAGAAAAUGGAGCCAGGAUCAGAUCGUGCAGAAUUAGUUAAAGCAGCAAAGCUCAUUGUAUGGGAUGAGGCGCCUAUGAUGAGCAGACACUGUUUCGAGACUUUGGAUCGUUCUAUGCGUGAUAUUAUAAGAUCUUCUGAAGACAAACCUUUUGGAGGUAAAGUAGUUGUUUUCGGUGGAGAUUUCAGACAGAUUUUACCGGUCAUACCUGGAGGUGGUAGAGCAGAGACUGUUUUGCAAGCUCUUAAUUCGUCAUAUCUUUGGGAGCACUGCAAAGUUCUGAAGCUAACAAAAAACAUGAGAUUGCUCGCUGGGCUUACUGAUGAUGCAGCAAAAGACCUUCAAUCCUUCUCAAAAUGGAUUUUGGAUGUUGGAGAUGGAAAAAUAAAUUUGCCAAACGACGGUCAGGUUGACAUUGACAUCCCUUCUGAUCUGUUGAUCAAAAAUAUUGGAGAAGAUCCGAUUCAAACUAUUGCAAAGGAGUUGUCAGGUGAAUACAAGGUUUACCUUAGCUCUGACAGUAUAAUCCCAUCCGAUGUUGAUGUAGAAGAAAAUGUUACCUAUCCAGCAGAGUUUUUGAACAGUGUUAGAGUGGCAGGAAUGCCUAGACAUAAUUUGAAGCUGAAGGUUGGUGCUCCUAUUAUGUGUCUCCGUAAUUUGGAUUUGGUAGAUGGCUUAUGCAAUGGUACUAGGCUAAUUGUUACUCAGUUGCUCCCACAUGUUAUAGAAGGUAGAAUUAUAACUGGAAACAGUACUGCUGGAGACAAAGUCUGGAUUCCUAGAAUGUAUGUCAGUCCACCUGACACAAAGUUUCCCUUCAGGAUGCGUCGAAGACAGUUUCCCGUUACACUGGCUUUCGCGAUGACCAUCAACAAAAGUCAAGGUCAAACACUAGAAAGUGUUGGUUUGUUUUUGCCUAGGCCAGUGUUCUCACAUGGUCAGCUCUACGUUGCACUUUCAAGAGAAGGAUGGGUGGUGAUGACUACGAAGAUCGAUACUAUUUCAUUCUCGGAAAAAAGUGUUCUCACUAUUUUGAUCAUGGUCUCUCCUUGA